GUAAAUUGAACGCAUUGAAGCUAUCAGGUACAACGAACCGUCUGUAAGCAGCAAAACCGAACUUGCAUUUCGACCUUGACUGCCCGAAUCGGCACCCAGGACACGUGUGCCGCUUAAGCUUACACACAUGCCACCUUCUAAGAAGAAGGGCGGCAAGGCGCCCAAGGAGCCGGCCGCCGAUGGAGCUCCUGUGUCGGCAGCGUCGGCACCCGCGCGGGCUCGCAGCUCGCUAGCCGAGUUUGAGGAGUGGAUGACUAAGGCAGGCAUCACGUGGGACACCUCCGUCAUCUCGCUGCGGGCGGGCGACGGCGACGCGGCGGGGAAGGCGCAGCCCGCCACCCCAGAGGCGCCGUGGGCGGUGUACGCAGUCACGGACGUGCCGACCGGCCACGUGCUGGCCACGCUGCCGCGCGGCGCCGUGCUGAGCGCCGCCAGCUGCGGCCUGCGCGACGUGCUGCGUGCUGAGCGGCUGGGCGGCGGGCUGGCGCUGGUGGCGGCGGUUAUGUACGAGGCUGCGCGCGGGCCGGCCAGCAAGUGGCACGGCUACCUGCGCAGCCUGCCGGCGCGUGAGUACCUGCCGGUGUUCUGGAGCGCGCGGCAGCUGCAGCAGCUGGCGGGGACAGACCUGGCGGACAAGGCCGAGGAGGACAGAGCCAGCAUGGCCGCCGACUUCUCCACCCACCUGGCGCCGCUGCUGUCGCGCUACCCGGGCCGGCUGGGACACCUGGCGGCGGGGUGGAGCCUGGAGGCGUUCAUGCACGCUGCCUCCUGGGUGGCCAGCCGCGCCUUCUACGUGGACGACACACACGGCGACGCGCUGGUGCCGCUGGCGGACGUGUUCAACCACAAGGCUGCCCGCGUGGACCUGGGGGAAGGCAGCGGCUGGUCGGCGGGCUUCGUGGUGGCGGAGCAGGAGGAUGCCAAGCGGAUGCAAAAGAAGAUGAAGCGCGCGAGGGAGGAGCAGGAGCAGCAGGAGGCGGGCACGGAGGGGGAGGAGGAGGGAGAGGGCGAGGAUGAAGACAUGGAGGAGGAGGGAGACAGCGAGGGCGGCGAGGGCGACAGUGAUGACGAGGAGGAGGAGGACGAGGAGGGGGAAGGUGAAGAGGAGGAGGAGGAUGGGGAGGAUGGGGAGGAUGGGGAGGAGCAGGGGGAGAAGAAUGGGAAGAAGAAGAGGGUAAAACCCACACACGAGGAGUUGGACAGGCCCCAGCCAGACGACGGACCGGAUGCCUGGCCGCCGCCGCCGCCACCACCUCCCUCGACCUCCUCCCGGCCUGCGACCGCCGCCGCCGUGGCGACACCGCGCGCAGAGGGCGCGGCGGCGGCAGUAGCAGCUGUGGGGCUGGAGGGGGCGGCGGCGCGGGUGGCGGCGGUGCAGGGGCUGGGCAUUUCGGAGCACGUGCGUGGGCGCUGGCGGCUGCUGGCGGAGCGGGCGGUGGCCGUGGGCGGCGGCGCAGGCCGCAAUCUGCACCUGGACAUUGGCAUCUGCGCCGGCGAGCGAGGAGGCGUUGAGCUGCUGGACAUCGUGGCCGCACAGCCGCUGGCGGGCGGUACGGAGGUGUACAACACGUACGGCGAGCACAGCAACGCCGAGCUGGUCAACAAGUACGGAUUCGCACUGCCGUACAACGCCUUCGACGAGAUCCUGCUGGACAAGGGCGCCGUGCUGGAGGCGGCCGAGCAGCUGCUGGCGGCGGCGGCUGGCGGCGGCAAGAAGGCGCUGAAGCGACGCACCCAGUUCUUGGAGAAGUUCAGCGACCUGCUGUCGGCGGAGGACGAGCCCUGGCUGCUGCUGCCGCCCCGCCACGUCAACACGGCCGGCUGGGCGGCGCUGCGGGUGCUGGCGGCAACUGAGGCAGAGCUGGGCGGCUGGGCCGGCGGCAUGGAGGACGUCACGGCGCCGCUGCGGGAGGCGCACGAGCAGGAGCAGCAGGCGGCGGCGGCGGCGGCGGCAGCAGCAGCGGGGCGGGGCGUGAAGCGCUCGGCAGCCGAGGCGGCGGAGGGUGCCGCAGGCGAGGAGGCGGCGCAGGCGGAGGACGGCGGCAAGCAGCAGCCGCAGCCGCAGCAGCCGGCGGCUAAGCGCGCGAAAGGCGCAGACGGCGCCGCGGCCAACACGGCUAAGGCCGGCAAGGGCGACAAGGGCGAAGAACAGAAGGAGGGCGAGGACGAGCUGGAGGAUGGUGGCGAGGACGAAGAGGAGAAGGAGGAGGAGGAGGAGGACGAGGAGGGCGAUGGGCUACCAGGCGAUGUGGCAAUCCCCGCCUUCGCCACCGCCCUGCCGCCAGCAGAGGCCUCGGCAGCCGCCGCCUCCGGCGGCGCCAAGGGGAAGGGCAAGGGCAAGGCGGCGGCAGCGGCGGCGGCGGCAGCGGCGGCAGCUGGGGACAAGAAGAAGAAGGGUGCCAAGGGCGCGAAAGGCGCAAAGGGCCCGGAGGCGGCGGCGGCGGAGGAGCCGGAGGGCGGCGGCGGCGGCGGGGAUGGGCUGUGGAGCGAGGGCAUGAGGCGGCUGCUGCUGCGUGCGGUGGAGGCGCGGCUGCAGUGCUACCCCACCACACUGCAGCAGGACGAGCAAGAGCUGGCGGCGGCGGCGGAGGGCGGCGCGGCGGCGGCGGAGGAGGAGGAGGAGGAGGAGGAGGAGGCGGCCAAGAGCAAGGCCAAGGGCAAGGGCAAGAAGAAGGAUGCAGACAACGGUGGCGCUGGCGGCGGUGGCGCGCACAGCUGCUCGCCCGCGGAGGCGGCCGCCGCCCGGAGCUGUGCGCUGUGGCUGCGACUGGGCGAGAAGAGGCUGCUGGCCGAGGUGGCGGCGGCGCUGCGGGGCGGCGGCGAGGGCGUGGGCGCGGGGGCGGGGGCGGGGGCGGCGGCUAGCAAGGUGUGAUGAGGUCAUGUGUGUGUAUGGGCUGGGCCUGUGGGCUGUAGGGCGUUGGGCCUUUGGUGCAGCUGUCGACAUACAAGAUCUGCGCGCCGGUCUCGGGGCCGAAGGAGUGAAAGGACAGCUGCAGUUGUUGUGGCUUGGGACACGCGAAGGCCGAUGGUUUACAGUUGGUUGGCCUGGCUCCAAACCGUGAGCAACAAAAUAUGUGAUUCACUGGCACAGCUGCAUCUAAUCAAACUCAAAAGCUGCGUUGGCAUUCAUAGUUUACGGACAACGGGCUGUGUGAGCUAGGACACAGUUUUGUCUCCUUAUCGAUCCUCCAAUAUUCUUGAUCUACUUACCGAGCUUUCUGUUUAAUGCGGUGC